AUAAUGUGAAAUAUAAUUUUGUUUGCUUAUUCUGGCGGUACAGUUCUCAGUUGGCCUAGACUACAUCAAACAUGAAGAUCAUUCUCGCAGUCUGCCUCAUAGCAGCUUUUCUCGGGUGCAGCAAUGCGGCCAUAACUAGAUACGUAUGUGAGCAUAAAACCUUAACCAUCGACUGUGGCAACCACAAGAUUAACAUUCUGUGCUCCAGCUACGGACGUUCUGUGUCCUAUAGCCAGCGCUGUUGGUCCUCGUCCAAAAUAUGUGACAGGACGUGCAUUGCGCAAUCAUCAAUAUCUAAGGUCAACCAGCUCUGCGAUGGAAAGUCGUCGUGUAGUGUCCAGGCUAGUAACAGUGUUUUUGGUGACCCCUGUCGUGGAACAUUCAAGUAUCUGGAGGUCUCGUACGAGUGUGUGUGGUAGUGGAGCUACUGAAGGAUGUGAUCGACCGCGUUUAAUGACAACAAAAAAGAAAACAAUUAAAACUUUGAUAAUGCUAUUUUUUUAGCAAUAAAGAGUCCUACCAAUAUUUUUUAUAACCUGUUUUUUCGUCUGUAAGUUUAAUAUUGUUGGAUAAUAUAGAUAAUGGUACCUUUGAUCUUUUGAAAGGGUAUGUUGCUGUCCCUGGUAAAAUAUAAUAGUUCAUAGAUCAUGCUCUUCCUCAGUAAUUAGGCUAAAUUCCCAUUUAGGCCUGUUUUCACGCGCAUUCGCUUUACAUAAUAAGUUAUGUUUUCAACCAGAA